AUGGCGUCUGUGAAUCCAGGACCGUGGACCAAAGACGAACUCGCCGCCAUCAACGACGAGGACGUUCUGAACCAGAUGAUUGACAAAGCCCAGACGUUUGAAGAGCGGAGUGUGUUGCGAGCCGCUCUCAGAGAUCUGCUGCAGAGAAACAUCGUUAAACGUCAGGAGGAGAGAGCAGCACGGCAGGCUGACCUGAGACAGCAGGCGACAGGAGAUGCUCCAGGUGCUCCGGGUGCUGGAGGCAGGCGCAGUGUGGAGCAGAAGAAAAGUCCAGUGACUGCUCCCAUUGGCAAGACAUCAGAUCCCUCUGUGGUCGUCGCCCAGAAAUGUCCCACGACUCCCAACUACAAAAACGUCAAACAAAUGCUGCUGGACUGGUGUCGCGCCAAAACAGAACCUUAUGAGGGUGUGAACAUCCAGAACUUCUCCUCCAGUUUUAAAGAUGGCGUCGCCUUCUGUGCCCUGGUCCAUCGCUUCUUCCCGGAUGCGUUUGAUUAUUCCACCUUGAACCCGAACGAGCCACGGCAGAACUUCCACCUGGCCUUCAGCACUGCGGAGAGGCUGGCCGGCUGCCCCUCGCUGCUCGACCCGGACGACCUGGUCAGGAUGCCGGAGCCGGACUGGAAGUGCGUCUACACAUACAUUCAGGAGUUCUACCGCAGCCUGGUGGAGAAAGGCCUGGUCAAGACCAAGAAGAGGCCAUAA